UUUCCCCGCCUGUAGUUCGCGUCAGCCGGCGUCACUCUCGCUACGUGAUAGCCUCCGAUCCCUGGGGGUGUGAACCGAACCGGCUUGGUUUCCGCAGACAAUGAAACUGGGGCUGCGUGCAGCGCGCAGGUAAACGGCUUCGGAGCGCCGGCGACCGGGCUGCCUAACUUUUGCUCAGUUAUUAUUUUUUUCCUUCAGUCUUACGAACCAGAUUUUGUCAUAUGACCUUUCGUUAAAUUGAAGUAUUUACGAAUUCGGGGGGAUAAAAAAGAAACUUAAUUAUACAUUCACUGCGGAGGAUCUUUUAUUCUUUGCGUCACUCGCAAAGCAGAAAUUAGAAAAUGUCAGCGUUUGGGUCCUCGGAUUACUUAGCCGCUGAGUUGCUGGUGCUGAUGUCGAAUGGACCCGUCCUGCACCCUUCUAGCCCUGCAGGCCUGGGUCCCCUCCAGGGCCUUUCUCGGGGCGAUCCGGGUCAGGGGUCGAGCGAGGAUAGGGAGGUCUAUGAUACGUUAAAGAAGGGACGCGACAUUAUAACCGUGGCCGCGAGUUUCGCGGAGCUUCGUGGCAAGUUUCGCCCCAUGUCGACCUACUCGGAGAGCAGCAACUCCUCCGUGGGAGACCCUGACAGCCUUUCGUGCAGCGAGAGCGGCUACACCACGUUGUCCGACUCCACCACUCCGACCCCCACGAUGACUCCUUCCGCCACCCCGACGCCUGGACAGCACAACCUCCCAGCUCAGCCCCGGGGCGUGGGGGCGUCCCGAUCCCCCGCGAAGCGACACCCGUGUACCUUUGAUGGAUGUGACAGAAUCUACGGGAAAUCGUCCCACCUGAAGGCGCACAUCCGGACCCACACAGGCGAGCGGCCCUUCCCUUGCACUUGGUCCGGCUGCGAGAAGAAAUUUGCCCGCUCAGACGAGCUGGCACGCCACACGCGCACCCACACUGGCGAGAAGCGCUUCCAGUGCCCGCUCUGCGAGAAGCGCUUCAUGCGCAGUGACCACCUGGUGAAGCACGCCCGCCGCCACCCUGCCUUUAGUCCCUCCAUGAUCAGCCGCCGGGGGCCCUCUCCAGGGAUCACUCAGGGGCUAUAGCAUGCCCCCUCUGCUGGAGUGAUCAGUGAUGCCGGUCUACAACCCCUUAGACUGGAUCGGCCUGCCUGCUUGGUCUCCAUGGCGAUCGGGGGCGGGUUCACUUCCCAUGCAAAUGCCACUGCAGUGGAAUACAGUUAUAAAGCACAGCUGGACUGCUCUCCCAUAUCUGCAGAAUGACAACCUGCGUAGCAUAUGUUUAAAAAUCUGGUGGUUUAUUAGGAUUUUUUGGGGGAGGGGACAGUGCGGCCAGUGCUGCUAGGACACACCUUUGCUGUAAUGGCAGCAUGGAGUUCAGAAGGGUAUCCAGUGCAGCAUUAUAGCAGCCAUCGUCCAGCAUUACUGCUUCUGGCUGUGAUCACGACGAAAGGCGCCUAACACUGUCCUGUGACUCUUGCCUUCCUGUGGCGGGUCAUCUGCCCCCCCCUCCUUUUCCUGUGUCCCCCCCCCCCCAAACGACAGCAUGCCCCCACUCUGGAUCCACAGACCUUUCUGCUCAUCCGGACUCUCCUCCAUGUUUCCAUUCCAGUUUUUCACUGCCAGGCUGGGCACCAGUAUUUUAUCGGUGGUUAUUAUGAUUAUUAUUAAUAUUAUUGCUGUUUGUAACUGUAGUUGCAUAACCUUUUUUGUUUUACUAUUGCUUUAUUAGGCCUGAGGAGCAGGGAUGCCUUAAAACUGAUGUGUGUGUGUGUGUGUGAUGUAUAUAUAUAUUUCUCACAGCACCCAUGAAAUGUGACCAUUGUCACAUGGUAGCAUUGCACCUGAUUGCGGUGCAGUUCCUGUAAGCUUAAAGCGUUUGCCGUAGAAAUAAUAUACAUGCUAUUUGUAGUGAUGCUUGUGAUUCGUAUAGUCCUUAUAUUAGGGGUGAUACCGAUAUAUGCUUGCUUCGGCUAGAGCCACGUUGCUGUAUGUAUUUUUUUAAUUAGAAACUGACAAAUCCCUCGACGAUUUAGAAUUUCGUACGUUCACAAACAGCCUUAUCAUUUCUCAUCUAUGUUUUCCUACAGGCGUGCACCACAGUGCACGAAAAAAUGCGUUUUUAUGUAUAUGCAAUACGAGCACUUUCCUUGCAGGUACUGCCUUUGUCCCCGCCGAGUCUGCGGGCGUUUCCCCCCACCUUGCGGUGCUCCCGUCCUCUCUGACCAGUACUGUGAACGCUGAGCACAUGGUAGUCUGACUGGCGAAUGCCAAUCCCACAAACCUACUGCGCCCGCAUUUACGCUUGUCUUGUAGACGUCCAAGUGCUUGAAGAAGUGCAAUAAAGGACGGAAUAUACUGAAGUUCAUUGCCUUUAGAGGCCACCUCAAUUGCUUUUGAUUCCAGAUCUGAGUGCCUACGCGUUUUACUGUACUACAUUUGAAGUCGCGUACGCCACCGCAUACGUAAAACUUUGUCAUGCAGUUUGCUUGUUGUGUCACUAGAUGGCGCAUCUUCCGCUCCGCUACUGCGCACUGCGUCUUCGUGAGGAAAUCGACUUCAGGGAACGAUUAUUUUAAUAAAAGAAUCUUUUACUUUCUUGGCGUGAAAAAAUUAAUUAAAAUUCAAUUUGUUACAAGUAAAGGAGAUACUUUGUUUGGGUACUAAUGGGUGAAUUCGUUUUUUUUUUGUUUGCUAAUGAUAUUGGGUGGAUGAAUGAAAGAUAAAGUGCAGGACUAAGACUGUGAGGGAUUAUACACAUAUCUGGCGUAAGACCAUUCCCCCAAGAUUCUCGUGGAGUUGUCUCAGCCAGUAUAGACGUUUUCUCCUUCGAAAAGCUGUUAAUUCAAUUAAUUCAAUGUUAACAGUGUGGGGGUGUCCAUGGGUGUAAAUUAUGAGAGACGACCCCACCAAUAAUCAAAAACCCCCUUAAAUGGGUGGAAACCUCAACCCCCCAGUACUCAGCCCCAAGGGCAUAACUUCGGGUUAUCUGUACAUGGUUAGGCUGCGCACCCUGAAUUUCCCGGAUUCAGACCUGUCUUGGGGCGCAGAGUAGCACCACACUGAUACUUUCAUGCUAGAUUUUGUCUUUGAUAAGGUCAGGAGGAAUGGAGGGUAUAUGCAGCUUCUGCAGGUCCCUGAGGUCCAGACUGGGAGACGCUUUACCAUCCUUUCACCACAUGCCAUUCUCUCCUAAUAAGCAUGCAAAUUUUUGUACUCUUUCCGGAACACAUGACUUUUCUUAUGCCACACGAAACAAUUUUGCAACCUUGAUUUCUUUGAUUCUUCUGAGGUGCUGAUGCUUCUGGAAUAUUAUUGGUUGGAAACCCCGAGGUGGAAAGCUCAGGUCCCGCAAGUACAAAUCCAGACCAAGAUGUUCAAACCAACCAGUAAAGUAUAUAAAGAGUCACAGUCACAAAGUGCUCAGCUGGUUGGUUGAAACAAAAUUUGUACUUUCUGGACCUGAACUUUCCACCCCAGAGUUUCACUUAUCGCAGAAACCCUCUCCUGUCCAUAAUCCUGCGCAGUUUAAUAGAUAAAUCGACGCCUCUCAUUUCACUCAUCUGAUCUUAUGUUUUAUUUUGAUUCAUUUGAUUCAUUAUUAUGAUUCAUUUAAUUGUGUGUUUAGUAAUUGUCUCUGAACUGAAAAAUAAAACCCAUACUAGUUAUGGAAGCCUGGGUAUUUACCAGAGGCAGGUUUAUAAAUGACUAAUUACAGUAAUGGAGUAAUUGGUUAUAAUGUUGCAGUAUUCCUCUUCAUAUUCAGAACAUUGAUACUACACCACGCAGACACAGUGUUAGUAAGUAAAAGCAGUGCGCACCUUGACAGAGUAAACACACACUGUUUGUGAUGUCAGUGGUUACAAAUCCAUGCAAAGGUCUUUGAGCAUUACAGUCAAAUGACCAGUAAUAAACCGUAGCCUUAGUUCAAGAUUUCAGUAUUGUGUUCCCUGUUUCAUUCAUUUUCUUUUUGGGAGGGGUUUAGAACCUAUGCCAUACUGGAUGUAGAAAAUUACUUCACUCAGGUGUGUUUUGUCCUUUUAUAUGGAACAAGUUUUUUUUAUUAUUAUUAUUUCCUAAUUUAUUGUUUCCAUGUUAUCUAUUAAGCAUCUUUUAUAGAUGGUUUUAAGUUUGGGACAGUUUGUUUGCUAAAAGUCACAAUUUUUUAAAUAUUAAAUAAAAUCCAAAUAGGGACAAGGUU